CAAAUCGUUUUUGCAUGUUACAAAUCGUUUUUGCAAGUUACAAAUCUUUUUUACAGAGCUUCCUCUCCUGGCACUAAUUUCACGCCAUACUUUUCAUAACAAUAAUGAAUAGAGCCGUGGCCACUUUAUUGUGGAGUCUGUGGACCUGUCUUGGCCAUUUUCCCUUUAAAUAACUUGCAGGUUCUUCUGCACUCUGUGCACGCUGUAUAGGCAACUUCGCAGAGCAGCAUUGCUCAGGUUACACCGCACAAAAACAAGCGCCUCAUUAUCCUUGUCCUACCGGAGAACACCGACCAACUGGUAAAGCAUCCACCGGUACCAACGGUAACUAAUGAUUCUGAAAAACAAAGCGGCCGCGGUGGUACAGUUGGCAGCCGAGCGGAGCGCGUGAACAGUCGAGGCUGAGCAAUGACGGACCUGGACGCGUCCGUGGUGGGGGAGCCCCCCCCGCCCUACAUGAUCUUCCUCCUGGUCUUCCUCUUCUUCGGCACGGGGCUGCUGGGCUUCCUGGUGUGCCACCUGCUGAAGAAGAAGGGUUACCGCUGUCGCACCGGUGGGGAGGAGGACGAGGAGGAGGACGUGGAGGAGAAGCUACCUCUGCCUAACGACGAUGAUGAGGAGGAGGAUAACCAGGACACUGUGGAGCAGAUUCUCAAGUGCAUCAUAGAGAACGAAGCAAACAUGGAGGCCUUCAAGGAGAUGCUGGGUAACCAGAACGUCUGUGAACGACAUGACCCCAGGCUGCUUCGUAAGGAGUCACUGGGGGGCAUCCCUACCCACCAUCACACGGUGCACUCAGGCAGCGAUCACAACUCCUGCCACCUGUGUGUCCAGGGGCGCUCCAAGAAGGCCCGGCACCGCAGCCGGCCACAACGCCCCAAAGCCCGGCCUGGGGAACAGACGGUCUUCUCAGUAGGCAGGUUCCGUGUGAUACACACAGAUAAGAAAUCCAGCCUCCAGGGCUCCACCAACCUGCAAAGCGCCGAUUCAGGCGACCAGCUGGACCAAUCAGAGGCGCAGGACAGUGAGAAGGGGGAGGAGCCCCAACAGAAAGAGGGGUACAACCUGAGGAACAUGUUUAAGGACGUGAAGCAGCCAGAGUCCACCAAUGGGGUGGUCCCUUCAGCCAUGAAGAGAAAGAAGAGCCUAACCCUGUUCUCCCUGAGGAGGGCGAGUGACCCCCAGGGAGCAAAGGUCACCAUACAGCCUAUGGUGAAGGAGGAGCGAUACCCUACCAGAGUCCCCCCACCCCCUCUCCUGGAGGAGGCAGAUCUCCUCAAGCAGACCUCUAGUCCUACCGCAUCCCAGGCCCCGACCUCUACCCCUUCUUCUGCUCCUAAACUCAGCCCCACACCUGCCCUGGCCUCCACCCGUAGCCCCACACCUGCCCUGGCCUCUACCCCUAGUCCCACUCCUGCCCUGGCCUCCACCCACAGCCCCACACCUACUCUGGCCUCAUCCCCUAGCCCCACACCUGCCCUGGCCUCCACCCGUAUCCCCACAAACCUAAGUCCUACCUUAGGCCAUGGCAGUACAACCCAAUCCUUGUCUCUCACCCCAACCUCUCCCAGAUUACUAGCCCCCAGCCCUCCCUCUGCUCACAGCCUCUCCCCUGCCUCACCUCCUGCCCCAGCCUCAUCCCCUGCCUCUGCCCAGUCACUCCCUUCCCGUAGUUCAGCCUCUGCUCACAGCCUGACCCCUGGCACACCACAAUCUGCAGCCUCCUCCCCAGUCCCAGCCUCCUCCCCAGCCCCUGCCUCCUUCCCAGCCCCAACUUCCUCUCCAGCCCCUGCCUCCUUCUCAGGUGCUGCCCCUUCCCCAUCCUCUGCCUCUGACCGAUCCUUAGCCUCAACCCUAAGCCCGACCCCAGUCCCCCCACCCCCUCUUCUGGAGGAGGCAGAUCUCCUCAAGCAGACCUCUAGUCCUACCGCAUCCCAGGCCCCGACCUCUACCCCUUCUUCUGCUCCUAAACUCAGCCCCACACCUACCCUGGCCUGCACCCCUAGCCCCACACCUGCCCUGGCCUCCACCCUUAGUCCCACACCUGCUCUGGCCUCAUCUCCUAGCCCCUCACCUGCCCUAGCCUCAACGCCAUCCAUCCAUCCAUCCAUCCUCACCCCAACCUCUCCCAGAUUACUAGCCCCCAGCCCUCCCUCUGCUCGCAGCCUCUCCCCUGCCUCUGCCCAGUCACUCUGUUCCCCUAGUUCAGCCUCUGCUCACAGCCUGACCCCUGGCACACCACAAUCCCCAGCCUCCUCCCCAGCCCCUGCCUCCUCCCCAGCCCCUGCCUCCUUCCCAGCCCCAGAUUCCUCUCCAGCCCCUGCCUCCUUCCCAGACCCAACUUCCUCUCCAGCCCCUGCCUCCUUCUCAGCUGCUGCCCCUUCCCCAUCCUCUGCCUCUGACCGAUCCUUAACCUCAACCCUAAGCCCGACCCCAGCCACUCCCCCGGCUCCAGCCUCUUCCUCUACAUCUGUUCCUGUCUCUCCCAGGCUAAGGCUGGACACCAAGCUGGCCUCGGCCAGAGUCUCCCCCAGUCUCAGUAAAGCCUCCCUCACCCCCAUCACCCCUGAAGAACCAAACCUCCAGGCCAGGAGCAGCUCCAGAGCCCAGGACUACAGACACUCCCCCAGCCCUGGUUCAUACAGCCCUGGAUCUCCCAGCCCUGGGAGUGGAUCUGCGGUCAGGCCUGGUCAGAGGAGCGGGGUGGAUCAGGGGCUCCAGUGUGUGAGUCUGACCUCGGUUCUGGUUGGCCUGGCCUCCCCAAGUGCAGGGGAGGAAGGGGUAGACACGUUCAAGUCUGGGAAACUCCCCCAUGCUUCUGGGAUGCCUCCAGGCAGACAGCCUCCAUCCCCUGGCUAUCCUUCCUCCCCCUCUUCCCCCCUGGUGGGCAGUGUGACCAUUGUCAAGGCCAGCCCAGACAGCACCAGGGAGUUCUCUGUGUUCCGCAUGGUGGAGCUGGAGGAGGAGGGGUCUACUGGGGCGAGGGAGGGGCUUAACAGGGGGAAGAAGGAGCUUUGCAUGGAUCAGCGGGAGGAGCCUGUUAAAGGCAAGGGCCUAUCAGGGAUGGACUUGAAGUCCUCUACGAAAAAACAGGAGCUGUUUGCUCUGACACCAGCAACGAGGGAGAAGAUUCCAGAGGCUCCGAUGGAGAGCCCUGGAGGAGAGGGGGAGGGUCCGAAAGCAGCGGGGGAGGAGCCUAGGGAUGACAUGGUGCAGAUGGAGGACAUUAGAGGCUGCAGGGUGAGUCAGGGGGAGGAGCCUGAGUCCGUGGAGGAGAAGAGGAGCUCAGUGCUCACUCAGCAGAACAAGUUCUGAGGCUCGGUCUGACAGACACCUCGGCUCACUGCGGGGGGAGGGGAGAUCGGUCUGCAGCAGGGGGGAGGAGGGAGAGACAUGAGGCCUCUCUCCCUGACCACAGUGGAGGAGGUGGCUUGCAGUAGGUCUGGGGAGAUGAAGAUGACAAACUUUAAGUCAAAUUCCCGACAUGGGAAUGACAAAGUGAAGAGUGAAGCCUAGCACCUCAAUGGAACAUUAUAACAGAUAUAUUAGGACAGCAGCAGCCAUAUUGGCCACAGCACAACUCCAGCCAGAGAGGGACUGGCUGACUGGUCAUUAACAGACUAACCCAGUUUCACACCAGGCUCCUAACUGACUGGAUCUAGCAGGCCCCCAGGCUCUUACAGUACCAGGAUUAGCUAGCCUGUGAUACACCUAAAUAGGUUUGUUUAACAGUGGUGUCCAGGUAAUAGACACCUGACCUUUAGAAAAUAUAACAAGCAACAGACCCAGCUAGCUGUAUUGUACUACAGACCCAGCUAGCUACACAGUAUACUCUAUCAAGCUACACAUCUGGUUGCAGUAUAAUACACUUAAAAGAUCCAGGUGGAGUACUAUUAAUCUACUUCCUUCUACUCUGCUCUGUUCUGCUAUACUCUACUAUAGUAUAUUUUAUUCAAUUCAAGUCUACUAUAGUCUGCAGAGCUACCAGCUCUGGACUCUUCUCAAUGACCAACCUUUAAAAAAGAAACAAUCAAUCAAAUGUAGUACUAUGUAAAUGGACAACAACAAAAAACUAUGUGAUGUGUAUACUAUAUGUUUGUGUGUAAACAUAACCAUCAUGGGCUAUUUCUCCUCUAUAACCUACUGGAUCACAGCAACUAACAGCUUCAGUCUAGCUCUCUAUCAAAGCCAUCUGAAACAACCGGCUAGGUUUCCUGGACAUCUUCAUUCUACCUCUUCAUCAUCCAACCGUGUACUAGCCUACCCUGAUUCUGCAGAACAAUCAUGCUCUAUUCAAUGCUGAGUGUCAGUGAAGACUGAAGAAGGACGAAACGCAAGCGCUGGCAUGAUUGGCCACACCCCUCUGUCUCCCUCUCUUUCAUCCAAGCUCGAAACUAAGCCAUGUUAUUAUUGUUCAAUUAGGAAAGUAAGCUUUUGAGAUUUUGUUUGAAGUUACAUUGUCGCAAACAGUAGGAGUGACCGACCCCCCUGGGAGGAGCUCCCAGGAACAGCAGAGUGAAAACAACCACUGAAGAAGAUGGGACAUCUGCAUUUGGAAUAUCCUGAGUCGAUUGUGCUCUGUCUCCCCCUGCUGUUCACCACCACGCUUCACACCCCCAAACACCACACCAACCCUCUCCUGUCCUUCGUAUGCACUUUUAGCCACAUGAGCAAAAAGACAGGGAUUUAAUAACACACCUCUAGGAUAUGAGGCAGUACUCUGUGUGAUGAGGAAGACACUUAGACUGAGACUGACCUAAGCAGGUUUGUGUGCUAGUGAAGAGAAUAUGGUUGAGGAUAUUCCUGGCUUUUACUUGACCUAAUACGAAUAAUGUGAAACUCCUGAAUUCUGGAUCUUGUCUGGUCGGGCCAGCCUCCUUGAAGACCGCAUCUUCAGACCUGCUUUGUACACAUAUAUUCGAAAACAUGGCGUCUGUAGUUACCUGCUAUGUAUCUCCAACAUAUAAGACCAUAGUUUGAAAAAUGAUUUCUGUUACUGAGUCACAGAGCAGUUUAACAUGAAGUUCUUCAAGGGGCCAGACACCAGACUUGAUCCAGCACUCAAUAUACUCUAAAGAUCACUAUAGGAUUGUUUGUGUAAUCAUUUAGAGGUAGGAUUAUUCUCAUAGGAAUAGUAUAUACAGGUCUACAUAUUAUGACACAAUUAAACUAACUAUCAUGAUAAUUAUGACAUAAUAUCAUAUUUUGUUGUACUGAUCAACUUCCUGGUCACAUCACAAUCUACUCACCAGCAGAAGUCUGUGAGAGGCCUGUAGGAAGCACAGGCAGGACUGAAGAUCUCACACCCUCUGACUAGAAGACUAGGCAGAACAAAGCACACAAACCAACCAAUCAGCCAUAAACACUUUCUCUCAAUUCAGGCAGCGGUGCUUCAUGUAAACUGAUACCAGGGUCUGUCUUGUCUUCUCUUUCUAUCUCUUGCUACAUCUCUUUCACUGUCUGUCUUUCUCUCUCCCUCUGUCUGUUGUCACUCCUCACAGUGACCAUAUGACUGACUUGUCACCUGUAUCUUCCAGACCACUCCUCUAGUACACGUCAGUAGUAUCUCUAUUUAACCCUUUGUUUGUAGCUAGUGGCCUUACAACCACUAUACUGCAAGUUAGAACUGCAGUUCUGACAGAAAUUAACACAACCUGUACAUAGUAAGAUGACACACCUACUACGGAGUAAACCCCUAUCUGACAAUGAGCAAUUCUGUUUCUCGCAAUGUAAAAAAAUGCAGCUGUAUAAAGAGAUAAUUCUUCUGGAAUCAGAAUCUAUAUUAAAGCUAUGCAUUUGA